AUGCGAUUAAUUAUCUUCACAUUUGCUAUAUUAAACUAUGGAAAUUCCCUGAAAAUCCUGCUCUACAACAGCGGCUUCGGGCACAGCCAUAUGCGAUUUAUGGGCAGCAUCGCUGAUAUUUUAUUGGAGGCUGGGCACCAUGUGACCGAAAUCCGGACAACGAUGGACCCGGGGUUGAAGUGGGAGGGGAUUUCGAAUUCCAAGGAUAUACACGUUUACGGGCCAGAUGCCGAGGUGGAAGCAUUAAUGAUGCUUGUAAACAUGACCCAAAUGCUCGUCCGAUCCUGUGAACACGCCGUUUUUGAAACGGAUUUAUUGGAAAAACUGAAGACUCAAGAUUUCGACUUGGGAAUUACGGAAGCGCUGGAUCCAUGCGGAUUAGCAAUAUUCCACCUCCUCAACCUCAAAACCUGGGUCUCCGCCUCGAGCAGCAACUUGCUGGAGCACCAGGCUGUACUCCUUGGAGUCCCGCUCGUUCCUAGCUAUGUUCCUGGGCCAAUGGGCGCGAGCUCGGAUCGAAUGACCUUAUUUGAUAGGGCACUAAAUGCCGUUUCGAUGUAUUUCGGCAGCAAGGUCUUUGUCGACAUUUUCGCGGCUUCUACCGAAAAUUUCCGAAAGCAUUUGGGCAAGGAUUUUGUGGAUAUUUCGAGCCUCAUCCCGAAAUCCGCCCUGUUUUUCACAAACUCGCAGAGCCUAAUCGAUUUCCCCAAGCCCACUUUGCAUAAAGUGAUCGAUGUUGGAGGGAUUCACCUAAAAGAGGGAGACGCAGAGAAGCUGGACGCAAAUUGGGAGAAGAUCCUCAAAAAUCGCCCGAAAACGGUGCUGAUCUCGUUUGGAUCGGCCGUCAAAUCAUGGAGGAUGCCGGAAAGCUUCAAGAAAGCUAUUAUUCAGGCCGUUAAAGAAAUUCCGGACGUGCAAUUUAUAUGGAAGUACGAAAAAGACGAUCUGACCGCCUGGGGACUGCCGGAAAAUUUGCAUCUGAGCAAGUGGACCCCGCAGAAUGCUUUGCUAGCUGAUCCUCGGCUCAGCCUUUUUAUCACGCAUGGUGGCUUGGGGAGCACGACCGAAAUUGCAUACAGUGGAACCCCAGCAAUUGUCAUCCCCCUCUUCGCCGACCAACACCGAAACGCUCAAGUCCUGCUCCGACAUGGUGCGACCGAGAAAAUGAACCGCUUCGACUUGUCGAGCUCUGAAAAAAUCAAGGCGACGAUCAGGAAGUUUUUGGAUGAUCCGAGUUACGACAGAAAGGCAAAAGAUUUGGCAACCAUGCUAAAGAAUGCUCCUUUCAAACCCAAGGAGCUGCUGCUGAGGAACAUCGAAUUUGUUGGAAGAUACGGCGCCUUGCCACAGCUCGACCCCUACGGCCGUCAUUUGUCUUUUGUGGAAUAUUAUCUAUUGGAUAUUAUCGGAAUUUUGCGGUUUUUGGUGCCUACAAUGAUCCAAGAGGCCCUC